AAAAUAGAGUGUUGUUUCAAGAUCCACUGCAGAAGCAGAAUACUGAGCUGAUGGAAUUGUUUCCCCGGAAAAAAUUGCCACGACAAAAGGAUUGAAUAGUGUUCAGCAUGAACACUUGUGUUCUCAAUUGGGUCUUGUUGAUAUGUUUGUUGUAUGGGGGAUGUUGAAAAUAAUUUGUUCAUACAUUAAACAUAUUCUUAAGUUGAUAAAAUGGGCUUGUUUGUUAUGGACUGGAUUGGUUGUUGGGCCUGGUAAGUUAUGUGUGGGCUUGGUUGUUACGGUUGUUAUAUGGUUUGUAAUGUUUGAGGUUGUAAAGUGUGCAGGUCAUUAAGUUGAGGGGUCAAGCUGUUAUAUUCAGAAGUUAUAAGGGACCAAUUGCACCAAAAUCAUUGAUUGCAUUUCAAUCGAUUGUCUUUCAAUUUAUGGAGUACUCGUCAGCAAGUGCAAGUGAUGUUGUAAUGCAACUUAACAAGGCAUUGGAAUUUCAAGUGGAUUAUGAUAUAUGGGAGCCCAAGUUGCCUAUAGACUACAAAGAGAUCAUCCAGAUGUCAAAAACUCCAGGGAUCAAUAAUUCAAUCGAAAAGUAUGAGGAUCUCUACCACACAUUUUCCAAAGGAAUCCUUCUUCAAAAGGGCAAAGUGUUGUUUUCACUUGGCAGUAAUGGAGAAAGAAAUGAAAUGAUAUCUGCAAGAAUGUUUCUGUACAAAAAUCAUACUUCAUGCAAAUACCGUUCUCUUCAGGAAUCAAGGUUUCCGAAAGUAGUAGAGGUGUUUGAUACCUUGAAGCUGAAGAUCCCAAUCAAGAUAACAACACAGUUUUUAUCUCCAGGAGUCAAAUACGGAGCUUAUAUUAUCUUUAAAUUUCGUGAUACAAGAAAAGCUUCAAGUAAACAAAUAUAUGUGAACCUAAAGUACAAAAUGGGAGGCGAGACCUUACAUGCGUAUUUUGCAACAUGGAGAAACGACAAGUGGAUGAAGAUUGAAUUGUGCCGAUUUUUGUGUGACAAGAAAGAUACUUAUUUUGAGGUUCUACUUGAAAGCUUUUCAAGAUACCAUUGUGGAACUGAAUCCAUCUAUGUUGAGGGAAUUGAGUUCCGAGACGUGAAAAACGAAGAAGUUGAGCAAGUCAAAGAAACUUUGAAUUCGGACUCAAACACGGAUCAGUGUUUAUCCUUAAAAGAAGUCAACACAAAGAAACAUCUUAUGCUUUCAGCAGUGGAAGUUUUGUAUGAAUCUGCCAAUUUAAAGCAUUUUCAUGUGCACCCCUCAGUCAAGUCGAGAUUUCAAGAGGCGAUUGAGCUACCACGACAACACAAAUUUCGUAUCAAGUGCAAAAUUCAAAGUCAGAUGUUGUCACAUGAUACAGUUUACUCGUGUUACCUUGUUUAUAAGCUUUCAGAAAACUGUGUCGGGUUGCACUGCCCGUUGAUAGUAAGAGAUCUAGUUCGACAAAACAAGAAUGAAGCUCAAAUUGUCUAUGUCAGGACCCCAAGCCCAUGGAAUAUACAUGAAAACAUCAGCGUUCCAAAACAAAGAGAAGAUGGAUGUAUGGAGGUUCAAGUGUGGAAAUUCAACUCAAAGCUUCAACUUAUAAACGACUGUAUUCCAGUAAAUCUCAAACUGAUAACUUAUGAGGGAACUAUGUCCGGCCUUAUUGUAUGUGGCCUCGAGUUUCGGCUGAUUUGAAAAUAUUUAUAUAUGAAAAUAUUUAUAUAUGACGUGUAAAUACCAAAUACCCGUAACCCGAUUAAACCGAUAGUUACAGUACCUAAAUGUUUAUAUACG